AUGAGUCCAAUGGCACUUUUUUGUUCAAUUAUCCUUUUGCUGUACAAAAAUACCCUGGGCCAAGGCAACAAAUUUAUGGUUCGGCCCAGUAUCAACACAAACUCGAAUCCAAAUUAUUCAUCAUUUAUCAAUUUUAUCAGUAUAUUAUUUAUUGAAUUAAAUUUUUUUAAAAGAAAAGAACAAAUUAAAAAGAAAAAAAUAAAGAGGAUUAGGGUUAUAACGUGGCUUUUUAGCUUCUAUGCGAAAACCAAAACUCUCCCCUCUCAUUUGCAGCCCGCGGCGACCGAUUCCCCUCUCAGCCUUCUUCUCCAAUCGAUGAACGCCAGCGCCAGUGCCAUAUCACAUCUCUGUUUCGAUCUCUCAUCAUCGUGCCAUCAUUCAUGA